AUGCAGUACGUACGCAGCAUCAGCGGCUCUGUCUCCAAGACAUGGAACUCGAUCAACCCAGCCACGCUGAGCGGUGCGAUCGAUGUGAUUGUUAUCGAACAGGAAGAUGGCACCCUCGCUUGCUCACCCUUCCAUGUACGCUUCGGCAAGUUUUCGCUCCUGCGUCCAUAUGAAAAGAAGGUGGAAUUUAAAGUCAAUGGGAUAAAACAAGACUAUGCGAUGAAGCUUGGAGAAGGAGGCGAGGCAUUUUUCGUCUUUGAAACCACUGAUGAGAUCCCCGCAUCCCUACAGACCUCACCACUGGUGUCUCCCGCGGCAAGCCCCAAAGUCCCUGGUGAAGAUCUUGCAUCUUCCCUAUCAGAACCAGAAUACCUGGACCUUGAAAAAUCACACGGAGACGCUUUAUCAGAAGGUGCAACGACUCCAAUGAUGACUCUCCCGCGGCAGGCGCGGGUAACUACGGAUCUAGGGGUGAUGACUCCCUUGUCUCGUUCCCCCGCCGAAUCGGAGCUGAGCCCUGCCCAUGGCGACUCGUUCAAGUCUAACCCCCCUUCGAUCACUCGUCUUCCUCGAUCCGAGGACGGGAAGCGGACCUCCGUGAGUGGCUCUGGGUCAGCUCAUGGGGAUGAUGCCGAGUGGAGAGAUCGUUCUCGUAGCCCUCCUCCGCUGUCACCAGAGGAGGCUAUGUCUCGUGCGGUCUCUCUAUCUAAGAAGCUUUCCGGCUCAAACAUUCCGUCUCACGUUACCGACACCGGUGACCUUAUGUUGGAUAUGACGGGCUAUAAAAGCAAUGAAGAGGAUGCUAUUCGGGCCGAGGUCCUCGCUCGCAAGAUCCUUGCCGAGGAAUUGGAAGGCAGCUAUGACAUAGGUGCGCUCAUCGGUGCAGACGAACAUGGGAACCUGUGGAUCUACAGCAGUGAAGAAGCCAAAGAGGCAGCCUAUCGAACAGCGACCCUCAAUUCCAUGCGGCCUACUACGGCCCUGAGCGAAGAUGCGGUCUCCGACCCUGGGUACCACAGCGAGGGUGACCAUCCAACCCUAGAGUCUGCGAUGAGCGCGCGCCACCAUCGCACCAAGUCGGAUGUUCAGCCAGGCUUUCCCACCCCUCCUCAAUCCCCAUUGCAGGACUCGUUCCCCGUUGAGACUCGCAAUUAUGCCAAGACCCUGCGGUUGACCAGCGAUCAGCUCAAGGCAUUGCAGCUGAAGCCGGGACCAAAUCUCAUGUCCUUCAGUGUGAACAAGGCAACCUGUACGGCAAACAUGUAUCUGUGGAACGGGAACGUGCCAAUUGUGAUCUCUGACAUUGAUGGGACAAUCACAAAGUCCGAUGCUUUGGGUCAUGUUUUGAACAUGAUCGGACGUGACUGGACCCACACUGGCGUCGCCAAAUUGUACACGGAUAUUGUCAACAAUGGCUAUAACAUCAUGUACCUCACCAGUCGAUCGGUUGGGCAGUCAGACACCACGCGGGCGUACUUACAUGGAGUAUGUCAAGACGGAUACCGCCUGCCCAAGGGACCGGUUAUCUGCAGUCCCGAUCGAACCAUGGCGGCACUGAGACGAGAAAUCUACUUGAGGAAGCCGGAGGUCUUCAAAAUGGCCUGUCUGCGCGACAUUCUUGGAUUGUUCGCAGGGAAAGAAAACCCAUUCUAUGCCGGUUUUGGAAAUCGAUUGACCGAUGCCUUGAGCUACCGAUCGGUCAACAUUCCUUCGACACGGAUCUUCACCAUCAACUCGAAUGCCGAGGUGUCUCUUGAUUUGCUGAGCUUGAACAAGUACAAGAGCAGCUACGUGACUAUGCAGGAGCUGCUUGAUCACUUUUUCCCUCCCGUCAGUCUCCUGGUUCAGUCCGGAGGCGAAGAAUAUACGGAUUUCACAUACUGGCGGGAUACCCCUCAGGAACUUGAUGAUUUCUCUGCCACUGACAGUGAAGAGGAAGAGGAGCCUGCGGAUGAUGAAAUGCUUGAGGAUGAUGAGGAUGCGGAUGAAGAAGAAGAUUACGAUGAUGAACUAAGCGAAGGAGAAGGUAGUGAAUACCUUGACGAGGGAGCUGCAGACGAAGAAGGAACCGAUCUGGGUGCAAGUUACAUAUCGCAGGCUUCCGAAGCUCUCUCCAACCCCGCAGGGUCUAUCGUGGAGUCUAUCGAGGGCGAUCAGGACCUCGAAGACGUUGAGGGACUUGAUGGAGAAGAAGAUGUGCAUGCUGUUGGUGCUACGCCGGCCGAACCAGCAAGCUCCAUCACCCUUCCUCUCCGUCCCAAGUCUCGGGACGUCUGA